AUGUCAAACAAUAUAAUCGAGCAUGUGGUGUUGUUCAAGGUGAAGGACGAUGUUGCCCCUUCGGAGGUGGACGCCAUGGUCAACCGAAUCAACUCCCUGAACUCCCUCGAUCAGACCCUUCACCUCACCAUGGCCCCACUCCUAAGCUUCCGAUCCACACAAGCUUCCUUGAACUUCACUCACAUCCUCCACGCCCGCUACAACUCCAAGCACGACCUUGAGGAAUACACGGUGCACCCCAGCCACGUGGCAGUCGUCAAGGUCAACGCUCCCUUGUGCCAAGACAUCAUGGCUCUUGAUUGGGUCGCCAAUGAAAACCUCCGGGGUGAAUCGGUAAUUCUGGCACCGGGAUCGGCCGUUCAGGUCACGUUCUUCAAGUUGAAGGAGGGUUUGGAAGAUCGUGUUGAUGAGAUUCUGAGGGCAGUAAUGGAAAUUCAAGAGGAGCUGAAAACCAAAGGCGCUGUUCAGGUGACUUGCGGGGACAAUUUUUCUCCUGGCAGAGCCAAAGGAUUCUCCAUGGCUUUGCUUGUGGUUUUUCCUGGCUUGAAGGAAUUGGAGGCUUCGGAUUCUCAUGUAGAUAUACACAAGAAUCAUAAGAUUAAGGACUAUCUUGAGUGCGUUAUGGUCGUUGAUUUUGUGGUACCUUCACUCACAGCUUCUAAUUAG